AUGGAGGCGAAAAGUGGAUCUCUCUAUGAGGCGGAUAAAAUCGAGCAAGCGAAGGCAAUCUUGCAGCCGUAUAUCUUGAGGAGAUUGAAGAUAAAUGUGUUGAGUUAUUUGCCAAAGAAGAUUGAGCGUGUGAUAUGUUGUAAGAUGAGCGAAGAACAGCAGCGCAUAUACGAUGACUUGAUCAGAGAGUAUCGGGAGAUGGAUGCGAAUUGCGACAAAAUGACAAUUGGACGUUUGAUGGAACUGAGAAAGAUCGCAAAUCAUCCGUUACUUUACCGAAGACAAUAUACGGACGAUCGUGUCAUUAAAAUAGCGAAUGUUUUGUGUAAAGCGGAAUCAGAAUAUGAGAAGAAGAAUCCAGAGCAUUUAGCUGAAGAUUUAGCAUUUCGAUCGGAUUUUGCGAUCAGUCAACUUUGCUCGAAGUAUAGGUCCACUCAGCAGUUCAGUCUUGACGAACGAAUCGCACUCGAAUCUGGCAAAUUCAAAGAACUCGAUCAUUUGCUUCCAGAAAUCAAAGAAAAGGGUGACAAAGUGCUAAUAUUCAGUCAGUUCACAACAAUGAUGGAUAUUUUGGAGGUUUAUUUACGACUCCGAGGAUAUGAAUACUGUCGUUUGGAUGGUUCAACACCAGUCAUGGAACGGUGA